UUUUGGAAAUUUACUAAUUUUGAUAAGAUCUUUCUAUCUUAUCAAUUUCUAUAAAUACGGCCAACAACUACAACAACUUUCCAUCAAUUACUGAAAUAUCUAUAUUAUCACUCAUGGCAAAUAUCGCCAUUUUAAUAUCGAUAUUACCCGUUGUAGCCGCAGUGCUUCUUUACCAAAUCGACCCAUUCGACCCGGCUCCGUAUCCGGAUCACGAAUUGACCCGAAAUGGAGAACCCUUGUUCAUCCCAAAGAGAAACAGCCACAUGCUCUUGGGUUCAGAGAAGAUCGGGUACGGUGAGUUGCCGGCGCCGGAGGAUAUUGCUUAUGACCCCAAGACAGGCGUUAUAUACACCGGCUGUGUAGAUGGCUGGCUCCGCCGUGUAUCUAUCAAGGGCUCCGCCGCCACCGCCGCCGACUUUGUGGUGGAGGAAUGGGUCAACACUGGCGGCAGGCCGCUGGGGAUAGUCCAUGGGAUCCACGGUGAAGUCAUUGUUGCAGAUGCUGAUAAGGGUCUAUUAAACAUAAGUAGGGAUGGUGUAAUAGAAUUGCUGACAGAUGAGGCAGAUGGUCUGAAAUUCAAGCUAACUGAUGCCGUCGAUAUUGGUCCUGACGGCACACUCUACUUCACGGAUGCUUCUUACAAACACAACUUUAAAAAUCACUUUGAGGACUUUCUAGAAGGUAGACCCAACGGCCGAUUCUUGAGCUAUGAUCCAUCAAGUAAACAAACACAAGUCUUGGUUAAAGAUCUUUACUUUGCAAAUGGUGUUGCUCUCUCUGCUGACCAAAGUUUUGUUAUUUUUUGCGAAACCGCCAUGAUGAGGUGCAAAAAGUACUACAUACAAGGUCCAAGCAGAGGUUCUGUGGAUAUAUUCGUUGAAAAUUUACCUGGAUUACCAGAUAACAUAAGAUAUGAUGGUGAAGGUCAAUAUUGGAUUGCCUUAACCACGGAUACAAGUGUUUGGAAGCUGGCACAAAGAUAUCCCUUCAUAAGAAAGGUGAUUGCAAUGGUGGAUAGGUACAUAGGAAGACCAAGUACUGAGAAAAAUGGUGGUGUUAUUGCUGUUGAUUUGGACGGAAAACCAACCCCGUCUCUCUCGUUCUCUUCUCUCCCUUUUCUCCACAACUCACGCUCACCCCCUUGCCUCCCUUACCAGCCCCCAAAACGGGGCAAGACGUUUGGGCUCUUCCUCCUCUUCGCCAGCCAACAGUUAGUCGGAGUCGAUAUGCCCACCACACCAAAGGCGGCAGCCACACCUCACACAUCUGAUCUAUGCCAUCUGGCUUACCCCUUCUCGGCCGUCGAUGGUUUGCCGGUGAAUGCUUCGUCGCCUAUUGAAAUUUCUGAAUUUAUUGUGAAUCUCCGUGAAAUUGAAGAAGCAUAUUCAACCACGUCUCAUAUAAUCACUCCUAUGAAUUGA